AUGUUUGUUGCAACUUGUCCAUCGCUAUGCAGCUCACCCCACCUCCGACCCCGGCCUCGUCGCUCUACCUGCGCCCCGGCCCCGGCCCCGUCGCCCUACUUGCGCCCCGGCCCCGGCCCCGUCGCCCUACCUGCGUACCGGCCCCGUCGCCCCACCUUCGACCCGGCCCCGUCGCCCUACCUGCGGCCCAGCCGCCCUACCUGCGGCCCCGCCGCCCUCACCUGCGGUCCCCGCCGCCCUUACCUGCGGUCCCCGCCGCCCUUACUUGCGGUCCCCGCCGCCCUCACUUGCGGCCCCGCCGCCUUCCCUGCGGCCUCGUCAUCUGCUGCAGCGCCGCCCGCCACCCGAGCCGCCCGAGCCGCCUCACCUAGCCGAGCAGCCGACCGCCGCGCCGCCGUACAGCAGCACAGCCGAGCCGCCCAGCAGCUGAGCAGCCGGACAGCCGAGCAGCCGAGCCGCCCUGCAGCCGAGCCGCCCGGCAGCCGAGCAGCCGAGCCGCCCUGCAGCCGAGCCGCCCAGCAGCCGAGCCGCCCUGCAGCCGAGCCGCCGUGCAGCCGAGCCACCGAGUCGCCGAGCCGCCCUACCUCCGAGCCGCCCGAGCAGCCCCGUCCGGGUCGAGCCAUUGACUUUGACGUCUGGGUAGAUGACCUGCAGCUGUUCUUACAGUGCGAUAGGGCAGACGGUCUCUCCCUCUUUGACCUCACCUCUGGUGCCUCUCCUGCUCCUGCUGCUGAUGCUGACGCCACAGUUCGCUCACAUCAGUACAAGAGUGCUCAGACCUUGUACGACGCUGUAGUUGCACGCUACUCCUCCCCUGCCACUACUGCACUGAGCCGUCUCAUGCUAUCGUACCUCUUCCCUGACCUUGCUGCCUUUCCCACAGUCGCUGACCUCAUUACGCACCUCCGCACUAGUGACACUCGCUACCGCGCUGCGCUUCCUGCUGACUUCUGCGCCAAGAACCCCCCCCCCAUGUACAUCACUCUCUACUACAUAGUCACUCGCCUCCCUGACUCCCUUCGUGUAGUCAGGGACCACUUCCUCUCAGUUUGUCCCACCACUCUCACUGUUGACCUCCUCGAGAAGUCCCUCCUAGCGGCCGAGAAGAGCAUAGUCGCUGUAGGGGCCUCUCGUGGUGACCCGCGCACCCCCAUCUUUGAGGGGUGUUCCCCCUCCCCCCUUCUGCCCUCUGUUGCCUCUGGUGCUGCGGCCGACCUCCUUGGUCUUGAGUCGGUCGGUGCGGCGUCUGCCCCUAGCGGGAGACGCCGCUCUGACAAGGGCAAGGGGGGCAGGGGCACUGGAGGAGCGAGCGUGGGCGGUGGAGGUGGAGGUGGAGGCGGCGGGGGGAGUGGGGGUGGCGGUGGGAGUGGAGGUGGGGGUGGAGGUGUCGGUGGCGGCAGUGGAGGCGGAGGUGGCGGCGGCGGUGGCGGUGGGAGCGGAGGUGGCGGAGGUGGCGGCGGUGGAGGAGGCGGCGGAGGCGGCGGUAGUAGCGGAGGCGGCGGAGGCGGCGGAGGCGGAGGGGGUGGCGGUGGAGCUGGUCGCGUGUCUACGCAGAGGAGUGGCUACGGUGGUGGUCCGCGUCAGCAACAGCAGCGCGGUCGUGAGACCCUGUCCCCUCAGCAGCUCCGUGAGUGGUACACUGCACGCCAGCGGGGUGGGGGCUUUGGUCCGUGCACCUACGUCCUGCGCACCGGCGACCGUGCUGGUGAGCAGUGUGGGGGUGCGCACCCCACCCAGCGCUGCUUUGGCCGCCUGACGGACGCGUGGCGUCACCAGUUCCCGGAGGCCACAGAGAUCCCUCGCUGGGGCGAGCUGUCUAGGGCGGGAGUUGCCAUCUAUGAUCUUGAUUUUGAUGCUAUCGGUUCUGCCAUGUAUGCUGUGUCUAUUAGUGAUGAGGGUGACUGUUACCGGUGUUUCCCGCCCGACCCGGGCAUUGAGACUGCUGCUCUAGGUACUGGUGAGGCUGCUGCUCUAGGUGCCAGUGAGGCUGCUGCUUAA